AUGGCGUGGUCAGCGACGAACGCACACGUCGCUCUUAACGGCGGGCAAUAUAGCUGGAACACGACUGUAAAGGCUGAAACUGGGAGCUGGAGCUGGCCCAGGAGGCGGACAGGGCCUCGGCUAUCAUGCCCUCGUUCCCGUCUCAGGAGUGUCAGAUGUGUGCGCCCCGCAUGCACUCUCGAGUGCAGUCGACGAAUGCUGUGGCUGCAAAGAGCGCCUUGCAGCGGAGACCCACGUGCCUGGUGCCAAUGGGGACAGGCAUCCGCGGCGGCGUUGGCUGUCAAACAGGCACCAUGGGUUCAGCUGGCUGGCACGGCAGAUGGCAUAGCCACUGCUGCCCGUCUGUUGUUUCGAGAAGGGCGGACGGGCAGUUCUGGAGCCAGCAGUGGUGGUGUUCAUGCACUUGGGCCGGCCGGCGGCGCGCCAGUCGCACUUUGCCCUCCCAGCCUUGUGGAGCACCCGGUACAGCGGUUCGACCAGGCUAGCAACGACCGUGUUUCAAUCUGGCCUUGCCCGGCUUGCGGACUGCCCUGCCUCUAUCUGAAACGGCUCCCUUUUGUCCCAUCGACAGGGACGGCCGCACCUCGCUACCGCCCCCCGGCGAACCGCCCUUCUGGGAGCGCAGUCGACUCUAGCACCACCCAUCGGCGCAUCGACUAUGACCCGUGUCGCCGAUUGCAUGAGCAUAGCUUGGCCAAUCCCACACACGGGGCUUUUGGUACUAAAUUUGUCAGCCAAGCAGAAUGCUCAGCUCGCGUGCAUCGACAAAGGAACGUCGAUAUGUUGCUGUUUGGGUGCAAAGGCGAUGCUGCUUACUCUACCGUGCGGCAGAGAUCUGCGCCUGUGCCCAUGACAUCGGUCGCUAGCGAGGUCUCGUCAUUUCUCCUUACACAAGCAGGCCAGGUCGCCCAUGCUAACCGCGCCCGCGACGGCCCACCGGGUGUAUAA